AUUCCAAACUGUUCUUCUCGGCUUGUUUUCUUUCAGCUGAUGGACGAGCAAAUCCUGUGUGUCCAUGGAGGCCUCUCUCCAGACAUAAAGACCCUGGACCAAAUUCGAACCAUUGAGCGGAACCAGGAAAUCCCUCACAAAGGAGCUUUUUGUGAUUUGGUGUGGUCAGACCCCGAAGAUGUGGAUACCUGGGCCAUCAGCCCCAGAGGAGCAGGUUGGCUUUUUGGUGCCAAGGUCACAAAUGAGUUCGUCCACAUCAACAACCUGAAGCUGAUCUGCAGGGCUCAUCAACUCGUCCAUGAGGGCUACAAGUUCAUGUUCGAUGAGAAGCUGGUAACUGUGUGGUCAGCUCCCAACUACUGCUACCGCUGUGGCAACAUAGCCUCCAUCAUGGUCUUCAAAGACGCUAACACGAGAGAGCCCAAACUGUUCAGAGCAGUGCCCGACUCUGAAAGAGUCAUCCCGCCCCGAACAACAACACCUUAUUUCCUGUAAGCAGGUCAAAGCUCAAACGCAGGCAUUUGUGCAGUGCACAGUGCUGACGGGGACAGCUGCAUCAGCACUUGAGAGCCCAUAUACAUUUAAUACGUUUAGAGUAUCUACAGUGCAUUUUUGCUGCCAACUGUCAAUUGCUACUCCCACUCUGUGCAUUCAAUACCAUUAUUCUGCAGCUUAAACCAGUACAGCAAAGGAGGCUCGCUGAGCAGUGUCACACUGCUGGUGUGUAACAGAAAAGAAGAAAGUUGGCUAACCCCUGUAAAAUAUUCAUAUUUAUAAAUCAACAUAAGUUGUCACUGCUAAGCAAACUGUGCGCAGUGUCCUAAAGACUCUUCUAUUGUAGUUUCUUAUGUAAAUACAGCUGCGUGUCAGAGGAGCACGCACUGCACAAACGGAAACGUUGUAUCUGUCCAACCAAGUUUCAAAAGAGG